AUUUAUUUCUAACAUACGGAUUACAAAUUCGAUGGCAUUAUUAAUACAAAAGUGAUCAUGAGAUUUCCUUCACCCUCACAUGUCAUCUUGUUUGCAUUUAUUAAUUUAUAGAUAUUGCAUUUCUCCAAACAAACGUAUUUACAUCUCUUUGCUGCUAUUAUACCAAACAAGAGGAGGCAUCCGAUGAUCAAUAUCCAACUCUCAACUUCAUUAUCUCUUCCCAAAACCACAAACUUCUCUCGAAAUCACGGUAAAUCCCCUUCUCGUUUUCCAUCGUUUCUUCUGACGAACUUGUGCUCAGUGGUUGGUUCUCUUCUUUUGACAGGGUCUCGUGAUGAUAACAAUCCAAGCACACUCCAAGAAAUCGGAGCACGUCCCCUGCAACAAGCCGAGCUGCAUCGGGGGCAGUGACGCCACCAUGUUCUAUGCUUCUCUGUGCAUCUUAGCGUUUGGCUGCAGCGGAGUGAAGGGGUCUGUGGCUGCACUCGGGGCGGAUCAAUUUGACCGGAACGAGACCGGAGGAGCAAAGGGUGUCGCGAGCUUCAUCAACUAUUACCAGUUCAGCAUGACAGUUGGAUCGCUGAUAGGAGUGACAGUGGUCGUGUGGAUUGUGUUGAAUAGGGGAUGGCACUGGGCUUUCUUCACGGGCUUGGUGACAGCGUUCGUUAGCUUCGUCGUGCUUGCACUCGGAAAGCCUUUCUACUUGUUCCAACCACUGGCUAACAGCCCCAUUGUCAGGGUAUCACAGGUCAUUACAACUGCAGUUCGAAACAGAAACCUGAAAUUCCCCGAGAGCUCAGACGAGCUGUAUGAGGCUGACGAUAAGGAGGGAGAUACGUCUGUAGAGAAACUUGCACACACCAACCAGUUCAGGUUCCUAGACAAAGCAGCUAUUCCCGGCCAACCAGAUGGAGGCUGCACGGUGACACAAUUCGAAGAAGUGAAGAUAUUGAUACGGAUGCUACCUAUCUUUGCGAGCACGAUCAUAAUGAAUACGUGCUUGGCACAGCUGCAGACAUUCUCAGUAGUCCAAGGAUACUUCAUGGAACCUCACUUGGCCACACUGAACAUUCCCUCUCCUUGGAUACCUGUCAUCCCUUUACUCUUCAUGGCCGUUCUCCUUCCACUCUACGAGUUCCUAUUCAUCCCAUUUGCCCGAAAGAUCACAGGACAUCCUAAUGGAAUAACUCAGCUCCAGCGUGUAGGCGUAGGGCUGGUCCUGUCCAUAAUCUCGAUGGGGAUAGCCGGUCUGGUGGAGGUGAAAAGAAGGGAUCAGGCUCUCAAGGACCCAUUCAAGCUGAUUAGUCUUUUCUGGCUCUCGUUCCAAUACGGGGUCUUUGGGAUUGCGGACAUGUUUGCAAUGGUCUGGCUGAUGGAAUUCUUCUAUAAAGAAGCUCCAUCUGGGAUGAGGUCUCUUUCCACAUCUUUCGCGCUGCUGUCGCUGUCUUUUGGAUAUUUCUUAAGCACCGCCUUUGUGAACAUUGUGAAUGCAGUCACGGAGAAGGUUUCAAGUGACAAACAAGGCUGGCUGCAGGCACCGGAGAUGGAGCCUCCCUUGAAUCAUUACAAGCUCGACUACUUCUACUGGUUCCUAGCCAUCCUUAGCACCCUCAACUUCGGAAACUAUCUCUACUGGGCAUCCUGGUACAAGUAUCGAUCACAAGUAAAAGAGGCCGAUGAAGACGCAACUAAACCUUCAGAGUAUUACAGUCCGGCUACAUAAUGUUCCAGCAACUAUUGUAAUAAACACCCUCAAGUUUUGACUAUCCUUCUCUCUCAAGUUGAAAACACCAUAAAAAAUGGAUUCCAUGCCUAUAUAUUACAAAUAUAUAUUGACUGUAUUUGACCCCCAACCCAAAUAAAACUUAAAUAAAUAAAUAAAACAAGCUUGCAAGAACAGAAUAAACUGUCAAAUAUUCAAUACUUGCAAGUGCCAAUAUGUAUAAUAAAUAUGCAAGUCAAGUCGCACAUUUACUGCAUUACUAGCAGUAUCCAAUAAAAUCUAUAAAACCAACAAAUACUUGAAUCUAAUUUUGUUACAAACAAUAGUACUAGUUUGAAGUGUAAAGCAGAGGAAGAGAAUGUGCAAAGGAAGCAUUUGAAUUAGUUCUAAGGAGAAGAAGAAAGUUUAUACACAAAAUCAUGAAGCAUCGACCCAUAGUUUAAAUCCACCAUGUGGAGUUGUUCCAUCAUCUGAAUUCACCUCCUGUGCAUAUGGAUCGAAACGUCGCUAAUUUUAAUCAAACAAGAUCAUAGAGAAGACAAGAAGAUUAUGCUUGCCACUUUUAACAGCAAAAUUCAACCCUAAACCUCUGCAAGAUAUGAGCAAUUUAUCUUACUCCUCUGUAGACCUUGUUCCAUUGUUUGACGAGAACUGAAUAUCAAUUCCGCACUCU